CUGGGAUGAGGACAGGUCUGUCCUGUUGACCUUCACAGCCAUAAUGGAUCAUCUUCUAUGAGGGCAGGAAUUUUGAGGGACGCCAUUAUGAGUGCAGUGCUGAUUGCGCUGACAUGCACUCACACUUCUCCCGGUGUAACUCCAUCCGAGUGGACAGUGGAUGCUGGGUGGCCUAUGAGAAACCAAACUAUUCUGGAUACCAGUACAUGCUGACAAAGGGGAAGUAUCCUGACCAUCACCGCUGGGCCGGCUUCAAUGACUGCAUCCGCUCCUGUCGCCUCAUCCCUACUUACAACGGAAACUACAGAAUGAAGAUCUUCGAGAGACCAGAUUUUGGGGGCAAAAUGACAGAGCUGAGCGACGACUGUCCCAACCUACAAGACCGCUUCCACCUGAGGGACAUCUCAUCCUGCAACGUCAUGGAGGGUUACUGGAUCCUCCACGAGCAUCCCAACUACAGGGGCCGUCAAUACAUCCUUUGCCCUGGUGAAUACAAUAAGCACAGUGACUGGGGCAGCACAAGCUCCACCAUCGGCUCUGUGCGCCGGGUCAUCGAGCUGAAGCAAGCCAACCAAUAAAGAUGGAGUAAUUCUCUAGAUCUUCCUCCGACCAGGCUAAAUCUCUCUAACAGCCUACUUAAGUCCAAAUACCAUUAUGCACAGGGAUGACAACAAAAGUCAAUCUCAACAUAUGGUCGGUACAAGGAGACUGUACAUUAGCAAUUACACAAAUUGAUGAGAAUAUCGCUGGACUGAAUAAUACCAGUGUAGUUGUACAAAGUGCACAACGGGAUUUAUGCAGACAGAAGGGUAUUCAUUUUCAUUGAAAGGUAAAUCAGUGGACUGCGGGUAUAUUCAUUUGUAUCAAUAACACAGCAUGCAAGGCAAAGACAGUUGCAAAUGAAUUCUUCAACUGAGGAGCCUGCUUAAAUUGUCGUGGUAUUCUUACAUUAGUCUGACCUAAAUCAAAAAAACGUCAAAAACAAAGUAACUUUGUUAGAUUAUCAAUGUAGCACGGUUUUAGAAUUUAAGGAAAUAUUAACAGUUGAUGUGUUGAAGUGUAUGGCAAUUUAAUGUUGGUGUUGUUACGUAAAUCAAGUUAAAGCAAUCAGACUGUAAUAAUCACAACAAUUAUUCAUAGAAAGAGCAACCAAAUAAAAUAUGUAUAUUAUAACAUCCAAAAUGUGUUUUUUCUAU